AUGAUUCCCAAUUGUAUCACCGAGCUCUCAGAAUUAAAUUAUCUCAACCUUAGAGGCUCUGAGAAAAUCUUAGCACUGCCGGAGUCAAUUGGUGAUAUUAAAGGUCUGAUGCAUCUUGAUUUAUCAGGUUGCACUGGAAUAAGUGAACUCCCUAUAUCAUUCGCAGAGCUGAAGCAGUUGGUUCAUCUGGAUUUAUCACAUUGCCGUGUGUCUAUAUCAGAAGCUUUUGGUGGUUUUACCAAACUACAAUAUUUGAAUUUAUCAGUUGAACAUUCUGACAGAAGGCUACCAGACGUCAUCGGCAAUCUAAUCAAACUCAGAUCGGCCGUUUGCUUGGCUCUAUCUGCACCCUUUCCAAUCUAG